UUACACUAUCCCAGAAAUGGGUAAUGCUUCAUGUAUUAGUUUUCGUGGCUAUUUUGCAUUCUGUGGAACUCAAACUGGCUAUUUGCAAAUGUUUCGAAUGGCAUCUCCAACAAGAUUUGUAUUCAUAAAAUCCAUCAAAGUGCUAUCGCGUUACAUUAGUCGAAUUAGUUGGAGUCCAAUAGUAACAGAUCGCUUUGCUGUAGUUGGCUCAAAUAAGGAAAUCCAUGUUUUCAGUUUUGAUGAAAAGUCAAUGGAGUUAAUAAAAAUUCACACAUUAAGCGUUGACAAUCUGCAAAAUCAAUUUUCAGAUAUAAAAUGGAGUAACAGUGAUGGGGAUAGAUUUGUAACAUGCUCUCUUUCAGGCGAGGUUCGUGUGUGGGAUAUGAAAGAACAAAAUAAUAAAUUAAUCACUACUAAAGUCUUCAAUUGCCCCAUACGUUGUGCUAUGUUCUUGCCAACCGAUGAGAAUAUUGUUUUGUGCUGUGGUAAAAAUUUAUCACUGGAAACAUUUGAUAUACGUUCAAACUCCGUAUUGUCAACUUUAAAUAAGCGUGUUAGCUCAAUAGAUAACAUUCUAUGGGCCACUAAAGCUUCAACUGUUAUGCCUAAGCGUAAAAAGAAUACAGGCCUCAAAUCUGAAGAAAUGCAGUCUACAAUUAACAUGGAAGAUAAUAACGAAGAUCACAUAAAUGACAAUAAUUUGGAUCUUGAAGGUAACCGAGAAGAAAACAGUGCAAAGACUGUAGAUGAAACUAAAGAACGUGUUCAAUCAAUUACCGCUGUUAGAGAAAAAGAACCAACGACAGUUCUUUACAUGAUAGGCAAAGAAAUCAAUAGGAAUGCCAAUCAAAUAUUAUUAAAUAUUUUAGAUAAACGCAGUCAAAAAGAGCGAAAUGACGAUACGAGCUUAUGUGCUAAGCUUUUUGGUAGCAAAGAUGAUUUGCAAGAAAUUUUUAAUGCUGAAUUAAACCAGAUUAAGAUGUCAGGGGUAACAGGAACAAAUCUAGGUAUAAUACCAUGCCUAACAGGUAAUAUUAAAGAAUACAUCGUGAAGCAAGCAGAAGCUAAGAAGCUUACGGAAUGGCAUUUGAUGAUGGCACCAAAAAUUUCAAUUAGAUUUUGGGAAAAGUGCAUGAAUGCUUUCGCAUUGCAAUUGAAGGAAGAAGGCAAACCCCUUUAUUCUGCUUGUACCUAUAUAGGUAUUAAUAAGAUCUCUGAAGCCAUUAAAAUCUUAUACGACCGCAAUCUAUUUCGCGAAAGUUUCUUAGUGGCGCGCUUAUACUUAGAACCAGAUGAUCCGAAAAUCAUUAAAAUUUUUGAAGAUUGGGUAUUGUAUUUAGAUUUAACUGGCAACUUUAGUGGAGCAAGUUUGCUCUGCUUGCUGUCUGGUGAAAAGAAACGAGCCUAUGACUUGAUAUGUAAAAUUCGUCAAAGGGACGAACAUAUUGAACACAUAAUUAAUAUGUUUUCAAAUACUUCUAUAUAAAAUCGUUCUUGUUUACGAAAGACGUUUUAUAUAGUGCCACAUUUUUAUAUUUUUAUUAAAAAUUCUAUAUAUAAGUUUAAGUUGUAUAUAAUAGAUAUAUAAUAAGUCCGUAU